UUACUGUCGCGGGAAUCUGUAACAAAACAACAACAACGGCAAUAAGAACAAUAUAAACAAUAUUAACAAUAUUAAACUUGUUCGAAAGGUUGGAUUUUUUGUAUUUUGGAUGCGUUUUGUUUUUAAGAGGCGCUAAAAACAUAACACAGUGUUAGCUAGCGGUCUGAGCGUCCUGUUUGUUGAUGUAUGAGGCAGGUAACUAGGGCUAACAUCCUAACUGACUUCCUGCUGCACACCUGCUAGUGCACUACACUGUGUGUGUGUGUGUGUGUAAAGCAACAAAUCAGUUCAUUUCCCUGACUAUAUUUCAUAUUUCACCUCGUAAGUAUGUUUUAUUUAGACUAUCCUUGUAGGCUGUGAGUUUUGUAGCUAGCUCACUGUCAGGCAGCAGGUAACUGUCACACACACCUGGCUGUACUGUGGAACGCACUGGUUAUGCUAGUUAGUGAUGUUAGUUAUGUUUGUUAAGCUAACUAACUUUUCUGCUCAGGGAUAUGUCCAGUAGAAGCUUGUUAAGCUGCUGUGGAAAUGGCUUACCGACCGACACAAGAGGAGCUGGAUCAACAGUUUGAGCAGUUCUUGAAAGAGUCAGUGUCUGAUGACUCGGUUGAUUUGGGCAGCAGCUCUAAGCGUCCCAGUGUUCUGGAUAACCUAGGAAAGGCACCUCAAAAGCAACAGGAGAAGAAAAGCCAGAGGUCUGUGCCUUGGUGGCAAGAGGAUGAGGACAGUGAUGAGUCUCAGAGAAAAGCUCUUGGGAAGACCUUCCGCAAAUCCUUAAGGAAGUCCCAAACCAUCCAGGAGGUUGAUGAAGAUCAGGUGAAGGAGCGAUACUUUCAUGAUGAGUCCAGAGGAGAGGCAGUCAUGUUCAGCAGAGACAGUCUAGAGCCAGAGGAUUCACUAAUGAUAUACGGAUCUGCACAGAGUGCUGCUGCUUUGGGCUUGCAAGCUCUGAAUGAGGAAGAGGACCAUGCAAGUUUUUUGGCCAAAAAGUCUGUGACUGAAGACUCAAGACUUAACAAAGACCAGGAAUCCUUCAGCCCUGGUCUUACGUCUCCUCAAAGGGACGAUGAUAUCUCUUUGACAAAGCAGAGUGUAGAUGGAGAAAGAGAUUUGUGUUCUGUGAAAGACACCCCAGCAUCCCCUGCAUACAGUGAUGAUUUUGAAGAUGAGGCAACCGAUAAGGAACCUGAAGAGAAGAAGCCUGAAAGGUGUGGCAUGCUGGCUAAAGUGUCACUGCAUGACUCUCUGAACUCCACGGAUGGAGCUCCAGUACCUACUUUGCAGAGCGAUGCGGAAGAGAAAACGGAGUACCCUGACUCCAGAACAGCACAGGCAGCAGGACGAGGCACCGCGGGAGUGUCAUAUGGUCAGAGUGGGGCGAGCGACAUGGAGGCUCUGCAGGAGGCCUACCAUCAGAUCACUCACUCAGUGGAAGAGUGUGAGGAGCGAGAGAAGGAGCAUAGCAGGAGUCCCUUUUCUUUCUCCACUCCAGAAUGUUUGCAAAGAACCACACAGCACGCCUCCACUACAGAAUCAGAUUUACCCACUGCUGAAGAACUGAUGCGUGCUAUUGGGCCAGAGUCAGCAAUCACCUUUGGCUUGUGUCUUGAGCCCUUAAGUGAAGUGGCUAUAGACAGGAAAGCUGACAGGUUGGAUUCAGAGGGCCACACUACAAGAACUAAAGCACAGCACUCUCCUGUGGCUCUCAGAGAAGCAGAUAAUGAGGGCCCUGCAGCAAUGGAGCCAUAUCAAACACUUUCCCAUCACAGACACAGAAGCAUCACGGAAGAGGUGAAAAGGCUCAUGAAGGAGCAGGAUAACCUCUCUGAGGUACCUCCUGUUGCCUCUGGCAGUGGCAAGAAGUCUCAGGUUCAUUCAGUUGCCUCUGGAAAAGCUUCAGUCCCAUCUGUGAGGAAUAGGAAAGCUGACAUCAGGCCAUUACCCAAAGCCUCCAUGCUAAGCAGGCCCAACAGUUUAGCUAAACCUCCAUCUCCACUGACUCAAAGAAAGAGUCGAACCCAGACCUCCAAAAGGAUGUCUUCUCUUAGUCAAACACAUACUGUCAAAGGUCCAGACUCCGGUUUGAAGGUAAGCACUGAACUUGUUGCUUCAAUACAGUCCAUUGCUUCUUUUUUACAACACCGAAUGGAAGCAGAUGGUCCAAACACUGGCUGUCCUGACCAGUCAGCCAGCAGCACACAACAGACAAAUCAGAGCAAAAGGGACACAGAGAAAGAGGGAGCUGCUGCCAGAGGCCAUGACCUUAUGUUGGAGUACUCCUCACUGGAGCGUAUACGUCUGCAGCUGGCUCAGAAAGAGAGAGAAUUUCUCCUCAGAGAGAAGCAGCUCCAGCAGGAACACAGCAAGGAGAUCAGCGCUCUCAAACAGGAGAAUUACAUGUUGCAGAGCAAGUUGCGCAGUGCAGAAGAAGCAAGCAAGAAGCAGAGAUGGAGUUUUGGUGAAGCCUCAGACCCAGGAAGAGAUGAGAAACUGAGACUGAUCGAGAAAGAGAUGAAGGAGCAGGAGACACUAAUUCAAGGCUACCAUCUGGAGAAUGAAAAAUUGUACCUGCAGAUGAAGGCCCUCCAGGCACAAAGUAAACAAAAUGAAGAGGCCAUGUUUGCAGAGAAUCAGAGACUGCUCUCUGAAUUAGCCAUCACUAAGGAACAGUUAAAUAAGAGCAGUAAGCAGAAGACAGUGGGAAAUAUAGGCACUGCUGUCCAUGGAUGCAGUGAUACUGAACUAUUGGCUGAGGUGCAGGCUGCACAGAGAAGGGAAUCGCAGCUGCAGGAAGAAAGCCGCAGGUUGAAACAAGAGAAGCAGGCUCUGCAGGUGGACUUGCAGAUGAUGAAAAAAGAAAGGGACUUGGCAAAAGCACAAGUGCUCUCUACAUCAGGUGAUAAAGGGUUUGAGUUGAAGCUGCUGGAGGAAAGACAUAAGGAAGAGGUGUCUGCACUGAAGAAGAGACUGCAGUGGUAUGCUGAGAAUCAGGAGCUGCUGGACAAAGACGCAGCCAGACUCAGAUCAGCCAAUGCAGAGAUACAGAGACUAACUGAGCAGGUGAAGCUGAAGAUGGAGGUCGCCAAGCAAGCUAACCAGCAGCAGAAGAAAGUGAAGGAGAGGGCUGCAGAGGCCAAGAGAAUUCAGGAUCUUGAGCGACAGGUGAAAGAAAUGGAGGAGAUUCUGCGCCGUAGGCACCCAAACUCUCUGCCUGCACUGAUGCUUGCUGCAGCAGCUGUAGGUGGAGAAAGGGGAGGAGAAAGUGCAGCUCCUCAGCCCUCACAUUCUGCCGCCCUGCUGGAGAGACGGAUCCACAGACUGGAGGCUGAGCUUGAGGACCGUGACGAGGAAGCCAAACGCUCACUCAGAGCCAUGGAGCAGCACUUCCACAGGAUCAAGCUCCAGUAUGAGCAGCAGAUCUCUGAUUUAGAGCAGCGGUUAACUGAGCAAGGCACAGAGUGUCGUGACUGUUCAUCUAAGAAGUCAGAGACCCAGUCCCACGCAGUGCAGGAGCUGGAACAACUAAAGGAACUGCACCAGAGUGAAGUAAGCAGUCUGAAGGCCAAAGUGGGCACUUUGAAGGAGCAGCUCCAGCAGUCUCAUUCCUCAGCAGAGCCAGAAAAGCCCUCACGACACCAGAAGCAAGCAGAAGCAGCACAUAUCGCCCGGAUGGAACGCCUGAACCAGGAGCUUACCACCAAGAGCCGCACCAUCCAGGAGCUGAAGCGCACCGUGGAGAGGCUGCAGAGAGAGAGGAAGAGCAUGUUAUUUAGCCCAAAAUUCCAAACAUCCAGCUCUCUGUCCAAACAGACAGGCAAAGAUCCCUCCCUAGUCCUGGCUGAGACUUUCCCAUCUAGUCAGGAUGAAAAGGAUUAUCAGCCUGGAGUUUUCUCAGGCUCCCACAUUUCCGAGGUGCAGCAGGAGAAUGAGAGGCUGAGGGUCAGACAGGAGCAGCUGGAACAACAGUGGUCAGAAGAAAGGGUUUCACUUCAGGCUGCUGCCACACAAGCACACGCUGAUCUCCAGAGGGCUCAGGAGCAAAACCUGGAACAGCUGGCCUUGCACAAGGCUGAACACCAAAGAGAAAUAGAGCGUCUGGUGGCUGGCCAUGCCCUGGAGCACUCCUCUUCCAAAGUAGCUGAACUCACAAAUCAAGUGAAAUCACAGGAGGUCAUGGUACUGCAUUUGCGUGAGCAACUGAAGGAGCUACAAAGAACUAAAGAGGCUCUUGCUUUGUCUAAACUCAGAGAGGAGACGUUACAGAACCAGCUGACUAAGCUUUUAGAAGAGCUGAAGCAGGCAAAAGAGGCCCACAGUCCUGAGCUGAGACACUUUGCCAGCUUGGAGCAAAAAAUCCAUACCAUGGAGCUCCGAUACAAUCAACGUGAGCAAGAACUACAGCAGAUGAUAGCUCAGACGCGCUUAGUGGUGGAGCAGGAGCAGCAGGCGGAGGUAAUGCGUUGGAAGAGAUUGGCUCAGGGGAAGAGCAGCGAGCUGGAGGCCUUCAGACAGGAGCUGGACUCCAUACUGGAUGUGCUUCGAGAGCUGCAGAAACAAGGUGUGGUGAUUCCUGCCACACAAUACUCUUCUGCUGCUGGCUGUGUAUUCCGGCCUCUUAGAUACUGAUAUAGGGCUCUCUAUAUAACCAAGCACUACACUCAGGUAUGUCUGGGAGACACUGUUUACAAUACAAAACCAUGAAUACUAUGGUGAGCACUAUCCAAAAUGAAUAAAACAUACAGAUUGAAUGAAUUAUACUAGUCCCUGCUAGGGCUGAGUAAGUGGUGCCAUAUUUUACAUAUUUUUUUUUUUUUUUUUUUUUUUUUUUUUUUUUUUUAAAUCCCAUUCAAUAUUUGUUACAGUUGUAUGUUUUCUUAAAGAGAUUGUUAAACAUUCUUCAUAAACUGUUAAACAUUACAUCUUGUACAAGUUUGUAACAAUUGGAAGUAACCACAAUGAACUACUAAAAGUUGCUUCUUUAUAUCCUAUCACUUUCAGUGAGCAGUGCAUAUAGAAUACUCAGGUUUCUGUGACUUGGUUCAAGGUUCACCAGCAUUAAGGAAUUCUUAUUGGAACUCUUUUUCAGCAGUUUUAUAGAUUGUUUGCAAAAUCAUUUGCAAGCAAAUUGUAGAUACUUUACAAAGUACGCCUUGUGGUCAACGUUUGUAACACAAUAUUUCAAUACUGCACCAAAAUAUUAUUUUAUCAGAUGAAUUGAACCAAAUUCCAAAUUUGAACCUCUGCAGGCCAACCUUAGAAGAGACAGAUUAAAAAAAAGACAAAAGAAAAUCUUUCUGAUUAUUUUUUCAAAGAGGGUCUGUGCGUGAACCAAAGCUUGUCCUGCACACCACACUUUGCUUUGUGCAAGCUGAAUUUCAUUUCAGCCUCAUAUGGCAGGUGAGUUGCUGAGCAGUACUGAAGUGAGACCUAUCACUAGGAUUUGAGUUCAGAUGCCAUGUGAUUUGAAUAAUAGAGAAGUCUGCUACAAAACAAGCCAUGCAAUGUGUUUGCGAAGUUCAUUGUUGCAGUUGAAACUAUAUGUGACGCAUAUGUGCGCAAUUUGAUUAUUUGUAUUAAAGUUAAAAGAUGAUUGCCAUAAGUUGUAAAUACUAGGAAUGUAUUAAUAUGAUCACCCCUGUGCUAGCAUUUUACACAUUUACACUGGAGCAAAGUGGUGUCUUUUGGUAAGCCUCAGAUAAAAAAAGGGAAAAGCAAAAAAAAAAAUGUAUGCUAUUUAGGUAGAGCCACUGUUUUAGCUGUUGAAAACUGAUCAUGCUAACAUUUCUCAUUGUUUAAUUUAUUAUAAAUUAAUGUUAUUGAUGUAAAAAAAAAAGCAUUAAAAAUGUU